CUCGGCCAUCGACACACCUGCUGGGUCGUAUCAAACCAGUGGCCAUUGGGAAGCGGCGCCGUCUCAUCUAGAACCUUUGAGCAACGUCGUUUCGCCCCGUCUGUUUUCAUUAAUACAGUCACACCUGGCAGUCCCAUUUUCCCUCAUACGAUACACAUUCUGCUAGGAUGAGCUCUCCAGCGCUGAAAAAUUUCUUUCGUGCUGAUCGCUACAGUGUGGUGGGGGCGAGCAAGGACCCGGAGAAGUUCGGAAAUAAAGUACUCAAGUGGUACAUAGCUAGAGGCCUGCAAGUCACACCGGUCCAUCCCAAAGAAGCCGAGAUUGAGAGCCUGGCUACUGUCAAGGAGGUUGGGGAGCUUCCCUCGCCCACGCGCACCUCACUAAGCCUCAUUACUCCACCCAAAGUGACUUUGCCGAUAGUACAGAAAGCACUGCAAGAGUACCAUUUCCCGACAGUCUGGCUACAGCCCGGGGCCGAAAGCCCUGAGUUUUUAGAUUGGUUGCGGAGUCAAGAUCAAGCAACUCAAGACCGGGUCAUUGUGGGCGGUCCUUGCAUUCUUGUGCAAGGCGACAUUUUGGCGCGGGAGCAAGGGCGAAUGUAGAGCUUGGAGGCGUAAUUACCUCACCGCCGUUGCAAUUUCGCUUGAAGCCAUACUCGGUACAUGCGUUUCUUUUGUUUUCGAUUAACCAGCAUGCGUCGAUCUUCUACGAGCUGAAGGGUAUCGAACAAGAUCUCGCUCUGAUCGGCCACAUCACUCUGGGAGGGACCAUCUUUUAAUGGUGCAGCAGAGAAAAUGCGGACAAUUUCCGACUUGUCAAAGAAGUACACUUCCGGCCGUGCAAGCGACCCGGGGGGGGG